GGUGCAUUCUCUCCAUUUGUGAUGAUUAUUCUAGGGUGUGAAAGAACCGAGUUUGCUUUUUAUAUUCACAUUACCUCAUGCUGAGCUAAGACGAUUUUCUUGCAUGAAAUUGUAAUAUCUCUUGUGGUAUGAUUUCUCUCACAUGAUUUACGAUUUCAUUAGAAUCCAUGGGGCAACCUAGGCGUUUUAUCAUAAAAUAUUUUGAUGACUUUUCCAAGGAGGUUUUAUCAUGAAUUCUGCAAAUAUUAAGUGAUCCAUUCUGCCAUCAAUUUACUAAUAUUAUUGCAUACCAUGGAUUCCCGAAAGAAAGUGGUUAUUGUAAUCAGUUGCAAUCUAAAUCUUGGGGUGCUGUAAGAGACUGUAUGAUACAGCCAGAAAAUAUGAUAUCUCUGAAUCCUGUGCAGAAUUUUCUUAAUUUAAAACUUGCUUGCCUAAAUGAUGAAAGGCUUGCUGUUUGUCUCCUUUUAUAUGCUGCCCAUAGUUUGAAGCAAUAAAAUGUUAAAUAUAGGUUGUUGAUUCCAUGAGAUGAGAGAGUAUAGUCACUAUGUGAUUGGAAUCUGCACUGAUGGAGGCAAUUACUCAUCCAGAGAAGUGUUGUUCCCAAAUUAUGUCUUUAGGAUUCACAUGGCUACUGAAUUGAAUUUGAUGAGCAAGAUGAUUACUUGGAUACUUGUUCAAGUUUGUGCAAUGGUCAUGUCCUUGUGCUUCUAUGAGGCAUUAAUGGGUUAUGGUUUUGUUGGGAAAAUGAUAAAAUCUGUGUGCAAAUGAAGUUGGAUUUAUCAAUUGAUAAGAUUAUUAUACUCUAUGCCUGUCCUGAUUAUUUUUUCGCCCAACCUUUCUUUAGCAUUGUAGUUAUACCAUUUCCUUUGAAUUAUCAUUUUGCUGGUAAAUAGUGACUUUGUGUUCCAAAUAUGGUGGAUUUAUGAGUGCAUCUGAAAUUGUUUCAAAGUUUCAUCUGAUGAUAAAACAUCAAGCCUUCCGUAAAAUUACCGUCAACAAGUGACUGCACUGCUCCUAGCAUGUUCCUCUUUCUGCAUCUGAUGAUUUUCUCAAGAUUUUGAAGUUGAAAGUAACUCUAGAAGCAAAUGAGUUAGUGGUAUAUGAAAUCUUGUAGACAAUAAUUUGAAGAACAGUUGCUAACCAAGUGAUCUUAUUGGUGUAUUGCCACGGCACUUGUUUGUUUCUUCUCAAUAAAUGGAAAAAGUUCCGUCCCUUUGGUGGCAUAUGUUUAUGUCCAGAGGUGGUUGGAUAAGUUUUACUUUUAUCAAGAACAUAACAGAAUGCUUCACUUAACAUUUCAGUUACUGCUGCAGUAACUUGAAGAUCUUGGCUGUAGAAUGUGAAAUAUUGUAUUGUGGGGGCUAUAGAACGGAGACGUCUAACCCACAUAUUGCAAUCAUUUGAGAUGGGUCGAGAUCGGAACCACAAUAAUAUGACAGCUGAACAUUCUAAUAUUCACAUGGGAAGGGCUGUAGCUCCAGAGAGUUCUUCUCUUGUUUAUUCAGUGGAUAAUAUCCCACAAAGAGGACAAUAUUGUUAUUCACAGCGAGAAUUAGACACCAGAGUUGUGGAGCAAUUUUCAUCAGGUUCCAGAGUAGGAGAUCUGUAUUCUUAUGCUUCUCCUCAUCCAGGCCUUUCUUAUAAUUGCUUCCCUAACAUUCCAGCUGGAGGGAGGUUAUACAAUGUCCCAGAUAAUGAUCCUCGCCAUGUUCCUUCCAGUUGCUACAAUAGGCAUACCAUUCAUGAAGUUCAAGAUGAUUCAUUUCAUCACACAGUGAACUCUGAAAGAGGACCAUUUAAGAGGAAAAGUUCCACCUUUUCUGCAGAAGGUGAGAGGGGCAGUGGUAGGAGAUUCUUUGGUGCUGGAAGUUCCUCAAACUCAUAUGGACAUGAGUCAGGAAAACCACCAGUCUAUUACCAAUGUCACCCAACAAGUUCCAGUAGCUUACCUCGCUAUAGGGGUGGCAGCCUUUCAAUUGGUACAGACCAUGCUGCAGCCGCAAGGAACGUGAGAAGCCGGUCUAGAAUUAAUUUAGAAUCCAACUCAAAUAGAAAUUUUUCUAGUUAUUCUUCACAUCAUUAUUGUCCAAUACCUCAUCAGUUGAAUCAUUCUGGGCCUAUGGAUAUUAACUAUCUCAAUUCUGAUGCAACUGCUUAUAAUCAUAACCAUAUUGCUGCUGCUCCUCCAGCUCCUGGAAGGUUUCAAACUACAGUAAAUACUGGGUUAAGACAUGAGAUGAAUCGGCAUUUUGUUGGAGGAAGCAGUGUAGGGACUGAUGGGUUCAAUCAUGAUAGCAUUUCAAGCAGAAAUCACAUUCCAGUUUCUCCUCAUCCAUUUGGUUCCCAUUCCCAGGCCUUGAGGGCCGACCAUAGUCAUUGUUCUUGGAGGCCUAUUCCUUCAUACAUGUCUGAGUCAGGUUCCUCUCACUUCAGACAAGAGGCAGGCCGACCAGAACGUGGUCUGCAGCUUCUUUCAGAAACCUAUGCUUCCAGAUUUUCGAGACCGUUUUCUACAGGAGGUUGGCAUAACGAUCUAAGAGACAUAAGUUCAAGGAUGGACACUGAGAGAUUCCAAUCACAACCAAAUGCAUUGAACCCGCUUGAUAGAAUGAACUCUGAGACACUCAUGAUGGAUGAUCGGUUAUCUUUAUAUGAGUCCAGAAAUUUCUUUGAUCAGUAUAGGGACAUGAGGCUGGAUAUCAACAAUAUGAGCUACGAGGAACUGCUUGCUCUUGGAGAAAGAAUAGGUAAUGUCAGUACAGGAUUGUCUAAAGAUGUGAUUUCAGCAUGCUUGAGGAAAGAAAGAUGCAUUUCAGAUGGAAACCAGGAGGGAGCAACUUGCACAAUCUGCCUUGAAAACUACAAGAAGGAUGAGGAAAUUGGGACACUAAAGAACUGCAGUCACGAGUACCAUGUGGAGUGCGUAGAGAGAUGGUUGUUAACGAAGAAUACCUGUCCCAUUUGUAAAGCUGCUGCUUUUACAGAUUGUUCGGAGGAUUAAUUUGUUUGUCAUUUCCUCUACAACAUCAUGAAAAUUUCUGUAAAUAUCAUUCAGGCAACUGAAUUGUAGACUAGGUUUGGAUUGCAAAGCUUUUGCUGUCUCUGUUUAACUUUCUGGGAACAGAGCAACAUGAGUAUAGAUAUAUGUAUGCCCAGAAAUCAGUUCGUUGAUUUUGGCAUGGGAUCUUGUAUGUAUGCAUGAACCAUUAAUAUUAGAGUUUCAUAUGGCAAGAAUUAUGCAAGCUUCAAA